AUGAUAUUGUUGGAGGCUGAAGUUCAGCUGCGUUCAGUGACAGGUGAAGGUACUAGAAUUGGUGCAGUGCUGUCAUAUUUACAUGUGAAUAAUUAUUUUUGCUAUUUAAUCCAAAAGAAUCAAACUCACUUUAAAAGGAAAGAGGGUCUACUGACAUUCAUUGAUGUGGCUAUUGAGUUCUCUAAGGAGGAGUGGGAAUGUCUCAAUUCUGCUCAGAAGGCCUUGUACAGAGAUGUCAUGUUGGAGAAUUAUAACAACCUGGUUUCUGUGGGUGUUGCACUUUCAAAACCAGGGGUAAUCAUCUGUCUUGAACAACAAAAAGAGCCCUGGAUUGUUGAUUGA